GGAUAAGUGAUUAACAAUUCAUACUUUGCAUCUCCUUGAACACUACUAUAUAACUAACUAUCUACUACACCCACAAACCACUCACCGCAAAUCUCAUUGUCUGAUCAAAAAGUGAAAGAAAGCUAAUUAAACUACGAUGACGACCAAAAGCGUUGUGGGUUCGAUUCUGUUCCUCAUGUUGAUCGGUUCCGUUUUUGUUGAGACUCGUCCGCUUGGUCUAACAAUGACUGACGAGAAAAAGCUCGUGGCUGGUUUCUUCGAUGGCUUAUCACUUGGUUCGAUCAAAGGCUCAGGUCCGAGUCCAGGAGGCAAGGGUCAUAAUAUCAUAAACCGGAGCGACACUUCUCGAUUUGAUAAGCACUCCGGUCCAAGCCCAAGCGGACCCGGCCACUAAUCUCAAACAGGGCCAAUUGUAAAUGGACAUCCCCGUGUCUAGGUCCAAAAAAUUAUUUCAUUAUUUUGUUAACAAAACUUUAUGUUACACAGGAAGAAGAGUGGGGACGGUUCUGAAUGAGAUAGCGGGACUUCUUUAUGACAUUAGUCACCUCUUUCCUCUCUUCUCAACCCUAUCUUUUAUUUUGAUUCCUCGUUCAGCAAAUGUUAUAGCUGAUGGCCUUGCCAAGACUGCUCUAGCUUCUAUUUGUAUUGCAAACUUUGUCUGAACUUUUUUAGAGUAAUGAAGUAAAACCGUUUGACCACAAAAAAAAAAA